AUGGAUCACGCUGUGAGCCCAAAAACUUUACAAGAAAUUAUUCUUGAUAAAGAGCCAAUAUCUUUGUCAUUAGUUCUUGCAGUUAAAUUAUUAAACGAAAAACUAGUGCAAAAAUACAUUGAUGGAGGAGCCGACGUAAUGCCAGAACUAAACGGAACAAGAUAUAGCCUUCUUCAUUUCGCUUUACGUUUUAAGAUGAUUAACAUUUCUGAAGCAUUUGUUAGAUUUGGUGCUGAUCAUCAUUAUCAAGAUUUUAAUGCACUUCGUUCAAUAUUUAAGACAAAAAGCAGUGAAAUUGUUGAAGCAUUGAUUAAAGCUGGCGCUGAUGUUAAUGUACAAGACGUGAAGGGAAAUACCGCACUUCAUCUCGCAGUAGAAAGGGAGAACAAUAAAUGUGUUAAAGCAUUAACUGAAGCCGACGCCGAUGUUAAUUUACAAAAUAAUGAAGGUUGUACUGCACUAAUUCUAGCAUCUGGAUUAGAUAUUACAACACUUACUGAAACAUUAAUUAAAGCGGGUGCAGAAAUAAAUAUACGGGCUUUAGAGGACGGAGGUACGGCACUCCACAACGCAUGUGCAGCAAGACCUCUUAGAAACGUUGAACUUUUACUGAAAGCUGGUGCCGACGUUAAUGUAAUUGCCACAAAUGGAUGGUCUGCAUUACAUUUUCUUUUUUGCGGUUUACCAUAUUGUUAUAUUAAAAAUUAUGAUUACAACUAUCUGAAUGAGAACUUUUAUGAUACAUUUAACGAUUAUCUUAAAGACCUAAAUCAAACUGUAAAAUUACUAAUUGAUGCAGGAAUUGAUGUGAACCAAAAUGGCUAUGGGGGUACAGCUUUGCAUCGAGCUGUAACUUUGCCCGACAACGUUAAACUUGUUGAAGAACUGAUUCGUGCAGGGGUUGAUGUUAAUAUACAAAAUGGUUCCGGAGCAACUGCCCUAGAUGUUGCUUAUUUAUCAAAUGACGGGAGAAUUGUUCAGAUAUUGAAAGAAGCUGGGGUUGACGUAAAUAAGCAAAACAAAGAUGGAGAUACCGCUUUGCAUCUUGCAUCUAAAACGGCAGCAAAUGAAACUGUUAGGGCACUUAUUAUAGCUGGAGUAGAUAUAAAUAGACAGAACUAUAUUGGGGACACCUCACUGCAUCACAAUAUAAAAGAAUUUUGUGACUUUGAGGUUCUGAAAAUAUUAAUUACUAAUGGUGCGUGUGUAAAUAUUAAGAACAAACAUGGACUGGAUCCAUUACAGUGUGCAAAAAGUAGUAAGUCACUGGUUGGCGUAUGUAAAUUACAUGAACAUUUCCAAUUAUAUAGAGAUGCUUACGGAAAUACAAUAUUUCACUCUCUUGUCAAUUACUGUUAUCAUGGGGACGAAGUUGUGAAUCUAAUUCGGGCUCGUCAGUUUGAGUUUGCAAAGUGUCUAAACUUCAAGAAUAUGCUUGGACGAACCCCUUUACACUUUGCUGCAUCUAAAGAAAGUCAUAGAGAAGAAACACUCGAUCUAAUAUUUUCAAACUUUGAUAAAUGUGAACUAGACCUGCUCGUUGUGGAUGAAAAUGGUAACGCGUUCUUCCAUACAUAUUUGUCCUUGUUAUUGUCUCCUGUCCGUAGCAGCUAUAAUAUAACAUUCAUUAAACGUCUUUUGGGGGGAGAAUACAUAAACUGUUCUAAAACAAAUAUAAAAAAACUCGUGCAGCUCAGAAAUAGGACAGGACACGCGCCAUUUCAUAUCUUUGUUAACAAGAUGCCCGAUUAUCAUAAGGGCCAAGAUGUUCAACUGGUAGUAGAAAUGUUUCUGAAGGCUGGGGCCAAUAUCAACUUAUGUAAUAAUUUAGGAGAAACAGUUUUACAUUCCUUAAUUUAUUGCAGACAGCAAGCAGCGACUGAGCUUGCAGUUGAAAACGGCGCAGAAUUGAAUAUUCAGAAUAUCUUUGGUGAAUCUCCAAUAUUCGUAGUUCCUUCAUAUUAUAAUAUUGAAAACUGGAAUUCAGAUUACACGAAGAGCAUGAAGCUUCUGGUGAAAUACGGUGUUGAAAUGGAUGUAUGUAACAAGAUUGGACAGACUCCGUUAAUUGUGCAUAUGACGAAGGUGUGUGCAAAUCGUGAUGUAAUUUCAAUGUUUGAGAAGAAUGUGGAUAUCAAUAAGCAGGACUUUUACGGUAGUAAUUUAUUGCAUUAUAUAGCAUGGACAUAUUGGUUUGAAUUGGAUUACUUUGUUGAUAUUGUAGAUUUAUUAAAGUGGGCUGGUUUCCGUGUUCUUCAAGAUAACCUUGGAUUGUUUCCUUGUGAUGUUGCCUAUCUAAGGGGGCAUAAAGACAUACUCCGCGGGAUUUGUAUUUGUAAGAAUGGCGUUCAUAAAGAGAAGUUAGUUUUCUGUCCGGCAAUGAUAUUAUUCGAGUCAUUGAAACAAAAGGAUGAUGCAUUCAAAAACUGCGUACAGACAAAACGCAAAUACUUUUCAGAAGCGUCGAUAAGAAAUAUCAUGAAUGAACCCUUCGUAGGUAUUGUAAAAUUUGAAGAAGACAUCGAAGCAAAAGCGAUUGAAACUGAAAUUAUGAGUAUUGUCAAAUAUAUAUGUAGAAGAAUUGAAGAGAAGGAUGAAUUACUUGCCAAUACCGUCAUUAUGUCUGGAAGUGUUGCAGAAAAUACAAAAGUUGGUCUUCCAGAUGAAUUUGAUUUUUUAUGUGUGCUAAAGAAAAUGCCAGAAUUAUUUGACACAGAAGAGAGUGCCGACAAUAGUUAUGUGCAUCUAAAAUUAAAGGAGGUGCAUAGGGGAACUGCUCGCGGUCGUUUCUUUGGACCCUAUCCUUAUUUCUCCAUUUCGCAAAGGAGACUACUUGACAGGUUUCAUGAUGUCUUACAGGAAAUCAUGCAACUGUCUGCAAUAUAUAAACACCCAAACAUAUUUCAAGUUAAACAGGGCAUACAAAAACCAUAUGAUACACCAAACUUUGCAUUAACUCUAAGGUGGUGUUGCUUAAAAUACAAAAACAUGACAGUGAAAAUUGAUCUUGUCCCUGCAUGUCAAAUAACCUGUCAUCCUGAUUCAAAAUUUUGUUCUAACACAUUCUAUCCUGAUACAAAUGAAAAUGAGGGACUCUUGAUACUGUUCCAAACUGUACCUGUGACAGAUGGGAGUUCUUCUACAAGCAGUUUUUACGAGUACAAGUCCAAAGUUCGUACAUCGGCAGUAAAUGCAGAAAGAAAACUUUUGAAGGCACUUCGACAAGAGGGUAGAGACGCAUUAGGUAGUAUGGAUUUAGAAAUUGAGAAAGGAAGGUAUACUAAUACCGCAAGAGAAAAUAGAAAAUGUAAACUAUGCGAUACCAAUUCUGUUGAGGACGAGUGCCAUUUCCUGUUGCGCUGUGGAUGUUAUAGAGAUCUGCGUGAACUACAUAUACCAAGCAAAUAUUAUACUCGCCCAGAUGUUAAUAAAUUUAAUAUUCUUAUGUCUACAAGAAAUGAAGAACUGAUAAAAUCAACAGCGGCGGUUUUGAAAAUGGAUCGCGGUGUGUACCCUAAACUUUUACAAGAAAUUAUUCUUGAUAAACUGCCAAUGAAUAUUUCAUUAGUUCGUGCAGUUGAAUCAUUAAACGAACGACUAGUGCAAAAAUAUCUUGAUCGAGGAGCCGACGUAAUGCCAGAACUAAACGGAAUAAGAUUAAGCCUUCUUCAUUUCGCUUUAAGUUUUAAGAUGGAUAACAUUUCAAAAGCAUUUGUUAGAGUUGGUGCUGCUCAUCAGUAUCAAGAUUUCAACGCACAUUAUUUAGUAUUUCAGACAAAAAGCAGUGAUAUUGUUGAAGCAUUAAUUAAAGCUGGCGCUGAUGUUAAUAUACAAGACGAGAAGGGAAAUACCGCACUUCAUCUCGCAGCAGAAUGGGGAAACAGUAGAUGUGUGAAAGUAUUAACUGAAGCUGACGCCGAUGUUAAUGUACAAAAUAAUGAUGGCUGUACUGCACUACAUCUAGCAUCUAGAUCAGAUAUUACAGCACUUACUGAAGCACUUACUGAAACAUUAAUUAAAGCAGGCGCAGAAAUAAAUAUACGGGCUUUGGACGGCACUAAGGCACUUCACCACGCAUCAAAUGAAACUGUUCGGGAACUUAUUACAGCUGGAGUAGAUAUAAAUAGACAGAACUAUAUUGGGGACACUUCACUGCAUCGCAGUAUCAGAAGUUUUUGUAACUUUGAAGUUCUCGAAAUAUUAAUUACUAAUUACGCGUGUGUUAAUAUCAGGAACAAAUAUGGACUGGACCCACUGCAGUAUGCGAAACAUAAUGAUUCACUGCUUGGUGUAUGCAAGUUACAUGGACAUUUCCAACUAUACAGAGAUGCUUACGGAAAUACAAUAUUUCACUUUCUCGUAAAAUAUUGUGAUAUUACAGAAAAAGUAGUGAAUCUAAUUCGGACUCGUCGGCUUAGUUUUGCAAAGUAUCUAAACUUAAAGAAUAUGUUUGGACAAACCCCUUUACACACUGCCGCAUCUAGAGAACGUUGUAGCGAAGAAACACUCGAUCUGAUAUUGUCUAACUUUGAUAAAUGUGAACUAGACCUGCUCGUUGUAGAUGAAAAUGGUAACACGUUUUUCCAUACAUAUUUGUCCUUGUUCUGCUCUUCUAACCUUGGACACGAUAUAACAUUCAUUAAACGUUUUUUAAAGGGAGAAUACAUUAACUGCUCUAAAGAGAAUAUAAAUAAACUUAUGCAGCUCAGAAAUAAGACAGGACACGCGCCAAUGCAUAUCUUUGUUAACAAAACACUCGAUCAUCAUAAGGUCAUGGAUGUUAGAUUUGUAUUAGAAAUGUUUCUGAAGGCUGGGGCCAAUAUCAACUUGUGCAAUAGUUUAGGUGAAACAGUUUUACAUUCCUUAAUAAAUUGCUUUUGCGAACAGCAAGCAGCGAUUGAGUUUGCGCUUGAAAAUGGCGCAGACGUGAAUUUUCAGAACAUCUUUGGUGAAUCUCCAAUAUUCUUAUUUCCUUCAUGUUAUGAUUUUAUAAACUGGAAAUCAAAUUAUAAGAGGAGCAUUAAGCUUCUAGUGAAAUACGGGGUUAAAAUGGAUGUAUGUAACAAGAUUGGACAGACGCCGUUCUUUGUGUAUAUGAUGGAGCGCUCUACUGACUUUUGUAUUUUAAUUUCAAUGUUUGAGAAGAAUGUGGAUAUCAAUAAGCAAGACAUUUACGGUAGUCAUUUAUUGCAUUAUAUAGCAUGGAAAUAUUCGUUUGAGACAUUUGAUCACCAUGAUCCUCUGGAUUUAUGGCCUGGUUUCCGUGUUCUCAAAGAUAAUCUUGGAUUGCUCCCUUGUGAUGUUGCCUAUCUAAGGGGACAUAAAAACGUGCACGGUGGGAUUUGUAUUUGUAAGAAUGGAGUUCAUAAAGAGGAGUUAGUUUUCUGUCCGGCAAUGCUACGAUUCGGGUCAUUAAAACAAAAGGAUGAUGUAUUCCAAAGCUGCAUACAGACAAAACGCAAAUAUUUUUCAGAAGCGUCGAUAAGAAAUAUCAUAAAUGAACCCUUCGUAGGUCUUGUAAAAUUUGAAGGAGAAGCACAAGCGAUUAAAACAGCAGUUGUGAGUAUUGUCAAAGAUAUAUGUAGAAGAAUUGGAGAGAAAGAUGAAUUACUUACCAAUACAGUAAUUAUGUCUGGUAGUGUUGCAGAAACUACAAAAGUUGGUCUUCCAGAUGAAUUUGAUUUUUUAUGUGUGCUAAACAAAAUGCCAGAAUUAUUUGACAUAGAAGAAAGCACCGACAAAAGUUUUGUGAAUCUAAAAUUAAAGGAGGUGCAUAGGGGAACUGCUCGCGAUCGUUUCUUUGAAAACUAUUCUGAUUCCCCCAUUUCGCAAAGCCUAUUAAUUGACAGGUUUCAUGAUGUGUUACAGGAAAUCAUGCAAAUGUCUGACAUAUAUAGACAUCCAAACAUAUUUCAUGUUAAACAUGGAGUGCAAAAACCAGGCGGUUCUCCAAACUUUGCAUUAACUCUCCGGUGGUCUUGUAGUAAAUACAAAGACAUGACACUCAAAAUUGAUCUUGUUCCUGCAUGUCAAAUAACCUGUCCUCCUGAUUCAAAAUUCUAUUCUAACACAUUCAAUCCUGAUACAAAUGAAGGUCUCUUGAUAAUGUUCCAAAAUGAAUUUGUGACAAAGGGAAGUUCUAUUACAAGCAUCGAAAUCAACGAAAAAGUGCGUACAUCGGCAGUAAAUGCAGAAAGAAAUGAUUUGAAUGACCUUCGACAAGAAGGUAAAGACGCGUAUGUGAUAUCAAAAAUUUUAUGCUGUGAUCGCGUAUGUCCAUCAGUGAUAGAUGUGAACCACGUUUGUCGAAAAGAAAACCCAACUUGUGCAUCUAUUAUUUCCAGCUAUAUGCUCAAAAACUGCUUAUUUCAUGUUGCUAAAGAGGAGUCGAUAGAAACAUUGUCAAAGUUAUCAGUACAUGGAUACGUUUGCAAAAUAUUUGAAAAACUUAUUCAGUGUUCACUUGAAGGAAAUUUGCCAUGCUACAUGUUUCCGUGGCAGAAUAUUUUCACGUUUCAGUCUCAAUAUAAUGAGCAUGAUAUUAGAAUUACAUGCAUGUGCAGGGCUAUGUAUGCAAAAAUAAUUCUGAGCAUACUUGGUAAAAAUGAAGAUUUUAAUAAUAUCAGCCCGCAAAUGAUCAAUGGGUCUUGUAUUCAUGAUUCAGCUGAGAUCAUAAAAGAUGAUAACAUUUGUGCAAACUGUAAGAAGAAUCCUGAUAAACAUGGAAUAAUUCUAGAGACAUGUUCCAGAUGCAAGCUAUGGACAUACUGCAGUGCCAAGUGUCGAGAAGAAAACCGGGACAGACACAAGCUUGCUUGUGAUUAUCAUUAUAAUAAUCGAUGUAAACCAGUGUCCGACCAGUAACGGUAAGGUGUAGGGGAAAGGCGGACAUGAAAAACGAGGGUAGCGAUUUAAUCAUACUUAUAAGAAGUGCUUUUAUCUAUGCCGUUUUUGGUGAUCUACAUCAAUAACCCAUGUCCUGUAUAUUGUCAAUAGACAUCGGAGUAUAUCGUAAAUAUAAGAUUUGUCAGAAACUCGAACAUCAUAAUCUAUCGUCUAUAAAUUUGCAAGAACGGACUUUUACAGAGCUGACAGCCUUAUAAGAAAAUCAUGUUCAUGAAAGACAUGUUACAGGUCGUUUGUUUUAAUAUAUACUUGGCGUCAUUGAAAAGUUACCACUUACAUAUAUCUCUUUACUUUUUAUACACCUUUUCAUGGCCUGUUUCACAGACCCUGUCUGAUUAUGUCUCCUUACCAGUUUCAUGAUUGUCAGGUGAGAACAGCCCAUACGACGUGCAAUUUCACGAUAUUUAAGUCCGGCGUCAACCAUGCCAUUGGCCUGAUGACGUGUAGCGUCCCUUAAAUGUGGCAUUCUUAACAAGAUGUUCUGGCUUAGCUUUUAAGUGAAAUGAAUGAUUUGAGAUAAAAGUUGCGUAAAUGUCGACUUUGCUCGAAAAAGACAUUUUGCACGUGCAGUCCGUGACUUAAAAGGAGUUCAUCAAAUUUGACAAAUCUUUACACUUUUGACUACUCAGCUCGGUCAAAAGCAUCCUGGUGGUAUAAUUUUUAAAAUACAAGGGUCAACAGAGAGGUAACUUUUCAGUGACGGUGAGUAUAUCAAGAAUAAUUUUAUACAUUCGUGGGCAAUGAGUGUGUCAAUAAAAAUGCAGUGUCAGACUACAUCUGAUACACCCACAUUUCUGUCGGUUUUUUUUUCCAUUCAGAUCAAAACGAACUGUUUAAAUUUUUUCAUUUAAUGGCUGUUAUACUUCCAUAUUUGAAUUUCAACUAUUGAUUUUGUAUAUUGUUGUAAUAACGUACCAUUCUUUGUA